CAUGUUCAGAACCACGGACAGCACGUGGAAGAAGGCAUACUGGUGGUGCUCUCCCUGUUUCUCUCUCUCUCUCGUGCGGUGCUUUGAAAUGAGCGAGUUUAUGCCUCACAGGUUACGGUUUACCUCAGGAUUCUCAGAACAGAAAGUGCGCGCGACUAGACGAACGCCUCAGAGCGGUUUACUGCAAAAAGCAAGAAAUCAACAUAACACCAACAUCAUGCAGGCUGAUGGAAAAGGAGUGGACGGUGGCUUGCUGCCUGAUGCCAACGGGAAGGAGCCCAGCCCAGGAGGACAGAGGGAGGACAGAGGGAAAUGGCAGAAGCCCCGAAUCACUCGUAAAUCUCUGAUGAAGUGCUGCCUCGUCAAAUGGAUCAUUGACAGCACCACAAACACUCAGGGGCCAGAGAGUAGCGACUGUGAAUUGGAGCUUUCUACUGUUCGUCACCAGCCUGAAGGCUUGGAACAGCUCCAGGUCCAGACCCAGUUCACCAAGAAGGAGUUGCAGUCACUCUACAGAGGCUUUAAAAACGAGUGUCCCAGCGGGCUGGUGGAUGAGGAGACUUUCAAGAACAUCUACUCACAGUUCUUCCCCCAGGGAGAUGCCACCACAUAUGCACAUUUCCUGUUCAACGCAUUUGACAUGGACAGAAAUGGCUCUAUCCGUUUCGAGGACUUUGUGAUUGGACUAUCUGUACUGCUCAGAGGUUCAGAAACAGAGAAACUCCGGUGGGCCUUCAAUCUGUAUGAUAUCAACAAGGAUGGCUACAUCACCAAGGAGGAGAUGUUGGCCAUAAUGACGUCCAUUUAUGACAUGAUGGGCAGGUAUACCUCUCCCAGUGUACGAGAUAUUGAUCCAUCGGAGCAUGUGGACAAGUUCUUUCAGAAAAUGGAUCGGAACAGAGACGGGGUGGUGACCAUUGAUGAGUUCAUAGAGACUUGUCAGAAGGAUGAAAAUAUCAUGGCCUCCAUGCAGCUCUUUGAGAACGUCAUCUAGGUCUAGGAACGGAAGGAGAACAUGGAUAGAAGUAUAAGUCCUGAUGACCUUUUAUUGCUUCCGAUACCAGACCCUUACAAGCCCCUCUACACUUUAACCCCUCACCGUUUGAUAAUAGAAAAAUAUUCACACACAUCGAGAUGAGGACAGUAAACAUUUGGCAGGGGGCAUAGGGAAAUGACCUUUUAAACGUUUGAUUCCACUACGUACUGUAUAUGGGAAAAUAAUCCCUUCAAUGGUUCUAUUGACAGUAGAGGUCGACCGAUUAUGAUUUUUCAACGCCGAUGCCGAUUA